UAAUUAAAUAAAUAUAAUUAGUAAAAAUAAGGUUAGUAUGAUUUUUUAUGGUAGAUAAAAAUGGUACUUCUCUUUUAAUAGAGAAGAUUUUUUUUUUUUAAUAAAAUGUAAUUACUUGAUUAUUUUUAAUGAAGUGGAUAGGCGAGGAAGACUUAAAUAAGGGCUUUUAUAUAGUGUAACUACGUCACCAAUAUAUUCCAGCAUGAUUCAUGAGAACAAAGAACCAUAUCUUAUUUUUGGAACCGGCCAAAGAUCAUAUUAAUCCCCUUAACGAUUCUCCCUUUUAUAUAAUCGGAUUCAACUAUAUUACUUUUAGCUUAGGAUGGUUAUGAUGAUAAUUUUCUUAAAUUAAUUGAUUUUUAUAAUGAAAGCAAGGUUCCAUGCCUAUUUAUGGAUACAUUAUUGUGGCCUCACACUUGUGCACAUAUUAUAUAAACAAAGAAACAUGCAUUUAUAAGUUCAAAAAAAAAAAGAAACAUGCAUAUAUAUCAUUUUAUCAUGUUCUUUUUAUAGUUUCCUAAGAAUUAUGGUGUCUAUCUAAGAUGAUUUUACCAUGUCUUUUUUCUUUUCUUUUAUGAGUGUUCAAAAUCCCACCUAAGAUAUAUAAAAAAAAACUUGUCAUUUUCGAUAUAUAUAGCAUUAGCUUAUAUGUACACGGCCUCCCUCUACUAACCUUCUUUAAUUUUCAUCGACAUUUUGAUAACAAACGUUAAAAAGCAUAAUCACUAGUGUACUUAACCAUGUAUGUAUGCAUCUAAACAGGAAAAAAAAACAUCCAUAAUCUAUCUGCAUGGACAUCAACAUUUUUGCACAAUCUUUUGACGUAUGUUGUCUUUGUGGUGUAAGCUUCCAACUUUCCAUAUUAUUAUGAACAAAUGAUAUAUUUCAGAAGAGCCAUGUCACUACUAACGACCGGGACAAUAUGGCAUGGGAUCCGCUUAAAUCCAAACAAACGUUGAACAACUACAGUUGAUGUUGUCACCAUCUGAUAUGAAUGUCAGCAUAUUAAACUUUAGAGGGAACAAAAGAGGGUGUCAACUUAAAGAUAAACAAUUCCAUAACAGAAUGAAACGUUAACUUAAAACUUUUGUUAGCCCCAUCCAUCGUGGGUUCACCCUAAUGGACGGUUAUGAUUAACGGAUGGAGGUGGACUUUGAUGAUAGUGACUGGUGAAAUGAUAUCUCGGUGUGAAAACUUGUAAAAACGCAUCUUUUUAUGAUAAACAAAGUAGCAAAAGGGUAAUACAUUGGAGAUGCUUUAAUUAUUAAAUUACUUAUUUUAUGUUAUUUUUAUUUUUAUUUUUAUUUUUAUUAUUUAUGUUUUCUGUUAUUUUAUGCAUUUAUUUAAAAUUAUUAAAUAAUUCUUUGUGGAAUAUACUAUUUUCAUGUUAUUGUAUCAUUUUAAAUAUUAUUUAAGUAAGAAAUAAAAACAUUAAAGAUUCAAAGGACCAUUUUAUAAAUAAAAAAAGUUCAACUCCAAAAUGGAGUGGGGUUAGGAAAAGAUUUUAUUCCAUAGUGAUGUUUGGAGUUGAAAAUGAAGUGGAGUUGGAAAUGCCCUACGAGUAUCAACAUCGCAGUUUCUAGCGUGGAGAUGCUUAAAAAGUAAUGAUGGUGGCCCCACCAAAUAAAUAAAAUCGGUCACAGAAGUAGCCAAAAAAGGAUCGGUGUUUUGUUGUUUCUGGUACUGUUUGCAGGCCCCACUGACACGUGACUGUCCGCGAUUGGUUACCUUUUUAUUUUAUUUUUUUAAUCAGAAAAAACAAAAAAAAAAAUUAAGAAACCCAAAAAACGAUUUAGGGAAAAUCAUGGCCUAAGGAUUUGAUUUGCUGAGCUUUUUAACUAUUCACGGACCGUAUUGACACGUAGCAAUCCGCGAUUGAUUAGUUUUUUUUUAAUCCGAAAAAAAUAAAUAGUCAUAACUACUAUUUCUAAGAAUUUGUGCCUUGAGUAUCACCAUAUCUGAUGCCCUAAUAUCUUGUUAAACUAGCUCUAUGUUCAUGACAACUUCAAACCCCAAUAAAAAAACUACAGUAUAUAAUUUUUUGGUAAUUCAAAUGAAAAUGAUAGGCAAUAAAUAAUAUAAUCACAUACUUAUAUAUACAUGUAAAAGGUCUAUAAAUACAUACAUUCAGAACGUACGGCAACAACUCUUCGAACACUCAUACAUAAUCACUUUGGCGCGCCGCUUUCUUCCUUUCUCCAUCCUCAACCACCUCUUUUCUCUUUAUAAAAAUCAACGGUUCUCCAAAUUUCUCAGUGGUUCGAGACAUAUCAUAAAAGAAUGUUGCAGCACCAAGAACUCGCUCUUCAAAGAAGCUUCAGCUGCAACACAAGAAAGAUCAGCCCAGAGACCUCUCCGGCGCGUAGGUUACACGCCCGUUCUCGUUCUUCCUCCUCCUCCUUGAUCCCACCCAUCCCUGAGCAUGAACUCUUCCUCGUACCUUUCCAGAGCUUCACCUCCUCCUCUAAAAACACAGUGAAAGUCAACGUGAAGCUUUCUUUCUUCUCACGUGCUAUCAUCAACCUCGUUAACCUACCGCCAUCUCCUUCCUCCUCCGGUGUUUCUAACCAGCUGAUCACCGGAAAAUCCUCUUCCCUCGGGAGAAGGGUCACCGGGACUUUGUACGGACACAGAAGAGGCCACGUCACGUUUUCAGUCCAGGACGGUCCGAGAGCCGAACCAGUGUUUCUCUUAGACCUAGCCAUGUCAACGGAAACUCUAGGCAAAGAGAUGUCGUCGGGGCUCGUCAGGAUCGCGUUGGAGUGCGAGAGGCGUCACCGUUCGGGGACGACUAAGCUUUUCCACGAGCCCAAGUGGACCAUGUAUUGCAACGGCAGGAAGUACGGUUCCGCGGUGUCGCGUGGCGGAGCGUGCACCGAGUUGGAUUUGCGCGUGCUGAAUACCGUGUCGAGUGUAACGGUUGGAGCCGGAGUUAUUCCGACGGCGAGUGACGUGUCCGGUGGUGGAACGGAGCUUGGGGAGUUGUUGUAUAUGAGAGGUAGGUUUGAACGAGUCGUGGGGGGUCGUGACUCUGAGGCGUUUUACAUGAUGAACCCUGACGAAAACGAAGGUCCUGAACUCAGUAUUUUUCUUCUUAGAUUAUGAAAAAAAUGGUUUUUUCUUAAGAGAGAGUUACUUGACUUUUAAAAAUAUUUGAAAAUGUCUUAAUUAGCUUGUUAUUAUAAAGUGAAUGAUUGCAAUGUUAUUAUAUAGGUUAGUUUCUAAUCUCUUGCUUAUCAGAUGUGGUGUUUUUGUUGUUGUUAUUUUUAAUUACAGCAAUUUUCUGUAUUUUGGUUUUUGUUAAAUUGAAGAAAUAAAGAGACUAAUGGGUUUCUAGCUUUGAGCUAAAUGUGUUUCGAAUUUUCAGUAUGCAUUAUUUAGUCAGUAGAUUAGAUGUAUCAGUCAAACUCAAAUAAGGCUGGAAGUCUAUAACCCAGAGUCUCAUCCAUUGUAUUAGACUAUGGGAAAAAGUCAGAGCUGUUUCUGUUACUUUUUUGUUGUUGUAAACUAUUCUGUUACUUUUUCACUGUCCGUUUUAAGUAGUUCAUGUGAAUGUCAAUCUACUCUAUAGCCAAAUCUUUAGAUGUUCCAAAUGUGUUCUUCUCUCCACAGAUAGAUACACGGGAAUGCUAUACCAUGAGUUUUAGCCAUACGAUUAUGACUAUCCCUUUCUUUAUAACUUCACAACAUUUCAACAAAAAAAAAUGUGUUUGUGAUCGUAGAGUAUAUAUGAUUGCUGGGAGAUGGAACAAGGAGAUAAUGUUUCACGACACAUUGUUUCAAGGAUGCAACUAUUUGACUGCGUACUGAAGACAAAUUAAAUGUAGUAUGCAAUUAGGAUAAAUGUUAAUGACCAACCUAAUACGUUGUCCUAUUAUUCUCCUGUUAUUUUUAGUCAAAGUUGUCGAGGAAAAACAAAACAAAACUGAUAUAUGGGCCACGAAAUAUUUUAGGUUAGGCCGAAUAAUAACUAGAACCGGCUCUGUUGAUUGUAGAGAUUAAAGGCUUUCUUUGGGUCAGUGAGGGAUCCACAGUCCGAACACAAACAUGAAACAUGGAGCUGCAAUGACUCACUUCCUUUUCUUGAAACCUAAAAGUGUUUUUAUUCAGAUAGUUCCCUUAGGGACUGAUUGGGCGGCCGAGACGUACUAUGGCGAGCCAGCAAAGAAGCUAGGGUUGAAGUAUAUUGGUUACAAGAUUAUGCCGCAAGAAAGCUCUUUAUACGAUGAGUAUGGUAAAGAUGAUCCUGUCAUCAGAGAUCCGGAUAGUCUCAACGAUAAAGGAUGGGAAUAUACUAAGAAAAUCUAUUUAUAAGGACAAAACGUGAAGCUUGAUUUGAGAAGAUUUAGAGAGACGUUAGCUCGUUCUUAUGAUUUCUCUAUUAGAAGGAGAGUUAGAGAGGAAGUUCCUCUUUUUUUUUGUCACUAGAGAGGAAGUUCUUCAUUUGUUUGUUUCGUAAGAGUAAGAAGAAAGUAUAACAUUUUUUUGUAAAGUUUUUGUAAAACAUUUAUAUAAUUCAAUUUUUUUAUAAGUAUUUGGUGUAUUGACAUAUUAAUAUUUUACUUAUCAUCAUAUGAUAUAAUUGGUUUCUUUGUCACCUGAACAGACAAAAUUUAUUUUGUUAAAUUGUUUUGUUUUGUGUGUGUGUGUUUGUUUAAUAGUUAUUUCGUGAAGGAGUUACUGUAAGCGUAAAUGUAAAUUUACUCUAUUUUAGGUUUCUGUAUGUGUUUUGGUGGAUUCAGCUCUGCUAAUAUGAUACUAAUCGACAUGCUUAAUGGGACUAAUCGGUUUCUAGCUUUGAGCUUAAAUGUUGUUUCAAUUUUUCAGUAUGCAUUAUUUGGUUGAUAUCUAAUGAUUUUGAUGAGUUUUAGAUUCAUAAUUUAGAUUAUUAUGAUCAUUCUAGAUUGCAUUUAGGUGUAUAUAUUGCAUACAUUUGUCCAUUUGCAUUUAACAGGGUUUGGAAAGCACAAUUGUGAGUUUUGGGCCAAUUCGAAAGGUCAUUUUUGCAAUUUACAAAGUAUGGGGUCAGAAACGGAGUUAUCAAAAGUUCAGGGACCUGUCUUGCAAAAUCCCCAAAACCCACCAUUGGAGAGAUCGAUUGUUCUACUCUCCGGGUUGGUUGACGACGAUCCCGGCGGCUACCACGGCGGUUUCAGAGCAAGACGGCAAGCCUCGCCGGAUCUGAGAGCACGACACCGAGGAGGAGCUGAGCCCGGAGAUGGAGUUCGUGGUGAGGUGAGACGACGGCACAAGCUCGGAGAAGGAGAAGACAAUGGCUUAGUGAUGGGUUCGUGGUAGUCCGAGCACGAUCUCGGCUUUGGAGGAGGAGCUGAGCGCGGAGAGGAGUUCGUGGUGGCUUGUGGAGGUUCAUGGCUGAGAGAGACGACGAAGAAGAUGAAGCGCCCACGGUUCGAGAUUGGACUUGCAGCGGUUAGUGGUAGCGACGUGACGACGCCGCUGGGAACGAAGCGAGCUCGAGCACAGCGACGUGAUGAACCCGCUCGGGAAAAGGUCCAUGUCCCUGUCCAAUAUCGACUUGGUGGAGCGGGAUGCGAUGGCCGCUGUGGAUGCGAUUUUGAGAUGUUGACCGGUUUAUUUCGGUUUGACCCGGUUUAAUUUAAUUAAACCAGUUCGAGUUUUGCCUCUCUAUAAAUAGAUUUAGACCUAAAAACCUAAUUUUUAUCUCAUUUUCUCUCAAGACUUUGUCUAAACUUGUAAAAGCUUGAUUCUUUCUAUAAUUUAAGGAAGUACUUCAUCUUAUAAUUGUGUUUUUCUUGCUCAUUAACAUGAUUAGCCUUGAUCCUUACAUGGAUUUAAGGUUUCUCAUGGAGAUUAUUGAGUAGACACAUUUUGGAUUCAUGAGUUAAGGUAGAUUAGGGUGAUUAAGCUAGAUCUAAAGUGUUUUAGUAUAAAUCCAUCUUGUUCCUUGCUAGUAGAGUGUUUUUAAUGCAACUCUAGAGUUGGCCUCUCUAAAGUUGAGCUCUAGGCAUUUCAUACCCGGAAGGUGUUUGAUGAAAUGCCUGAACCAACUCUCCUAAGCUUUUAACAUUCUUUACCAAAGGGAUUUGUUGUUAAAGGUGUUAAGAUGGCUAGUAGACUUGAGAUUAAUGAUUACUUAGAUAACAUUCAACCAAAGGGAUUUGAUGCUUGAGUUAUCUAGGUAAAUGAGCAUUCAUCUAGGGAUAGAGUUUGUUUAGGAUUGUGUCUAGGCCUAAGAUAGAUAGAUCGGUUGAAAGUUGACACCUUUAGAUUGAAACUUGAUCACCUUAUAUCAAUUAUCCUUACCCAUGAAUCCAUCCUUAGCAUUUGAAAGUUCUUGCACUUAUUUCUUGAUUGGAUUUGAGAUCACCUUGUUUAUAUUUCUAGGAUCUUAGCUUGUUACAAAUCAUCCAUCUUCUUGUUUGCUUAGAUUAAGAAAGCUUGUGUAUUCUUGGUGUUAUAGGUCACUAGUUCCUUGUGGAUUCGAUCCUAAAAUGCUACAAUGACAUACCAUUCGAUUGUGGUAUUGUUGGCACAUUAGGUUAAUUGGUGUGUGCUUAAACGCGUAAUCAAUUUGGCGCCGUUGCCGGGGACCUAGUAGAUUUAUCAUUAGGAUUUCAAUCUUUCUUGAGACUAAGCUUUAUUUUCUUGCUUUGUUUUGCUUUUGUAUAGUUACUAACUCUUUAUUCUAGUGCUUUUGUUCUUGAGUGAUGGCUUCAAGCUGUUUUGAGAAGCCACAAGAAGAGGAAGAUCACAUCGAAGAUGAGCCAUAUGUGUAUGUGGAGCCACCACCCUUUGAUGCAAGUAUACUCACUCCAGCACAGCUUGUGACAUUAAAUGAGCUUCAGAAGAAGUACCCGGGGUCAGCAAAGACAUCCCUAGCACGAAGGAUCCGGGUGGAGCUUAUUAAGGAUCAAGCAGAGCUUGAAGGAAGGGAGGUUACACAGUAUGAGUUCAAUGUUGCUUAUGACCUUAAAGAGGUAAUGUAUUGGGUUCCACCACCCCAGCUGGAAGGUACAAGAAUUUCCACUCUAGAACUUCAACUUGAGGAACUUUGCUUGCCUUGUGGUGAGAAUAUUGCCCAUGACUUUGAUUCUCUUGUGCUCAUAAAUGAAUGUCUUGAUCUAAUAUGUGAAACUAGGAAGCUAGAUGAGUUGAGAAUAGAAAAGCUUGCUAGUGAUCAUAUUGAAGUUUGUUUUGACAAGAAUUAUCUUUGUGCUUCAAUUGAUCUUGAGUAUAAGUUUUUGAUGCUUAAUGAACCUAGACCUCUUCUUGAACUUGCUGAUUUAGGGGAUGAACUUGAUGUGGAUAUGCUCUUGCUUAGGAUAGAAAACCCCCUUGUCAAAAAUUAUCAUGAGAAUGUGAGCAUUGUGUAUUACUUGAUUGAUGGAGAUAGAGUUGACUACUUUGUUAAAACUUUGUUUGAGCCUGUAGUUGACUGUGUGUUUCCACCAUAUGCAUUUGAUUCUCAUGACCAUCUGAACCUCAAGGAGCAUUUCAUAAUUCAUGUCACAUCUUUAGUGAAGCUCUUUGAGGAAAAAUCUGUCUAUUUUCUAUGGAUAGUAGUGUGCUCCUUUGCAUACUUGGUUCCUUGUUCUUGUAGGAGAAGGACCAAAGGUGCAUUGGCUCAACCUUUUGAUACCUAUGAUUAACAAGAACACAAAGUCAAGCUAGAGACUUAAAACAAGCUCACUUGGGAGGAAAUUUCAUGUUUAUCCAUUGUAUAUAUAUAUAUAUAUUUUUUUUUUUAUCUUUUCUUUUUAGGUUAUUUAAUAAGCAUGGUUGAGGUUUUUUUUUAGGUCAAGUCUUACUUACCAUGGCUGAUGUGAAGCAUUGUGACUCUAGACACUUGCCUUCUCCGCUUAAGUCCAUGUCCAUUGGUGAAACAAACCCGAGGCCAAGGGUCCUCUACCACCCAAUUCAGCCAAUAACUCUAAGUAAGUGUCACUCCAACCUUGUACAUAUUUAGUUUUCAUGUUUAUUUCUUUCCCUUAGAUCUCUUCUUUGAGCUUACUCUUACACAAGGGACUGUGUGAAGUAAGUUUGGGGGAGAGUCUACUAUCUCACAUCAUUUUCUGUUUUGUUUACUUGCCAUGAGUCUCAUGCAUUGCAUUGUGAAUACUUAUUUGCAUAGAAAAUCCAUAAAAUUUUGAUUUUUUUUGAAAAAUCUUCAUGUAGUUUCACUUGAUCCAUUUGCAUCUUUAGGAUUGAGUCUAGAAGCAUUUAGAUUGCAUUCAUGCAUUGGGAGAAACCUUGUAAAGAACACAUGUCUAGAACUCAAUUUGACAUCCUAGCUAAACAUAUCAAGUAGCUUAAGCAUCUCUUGAAAAAGCUUGUAAGCUUCGAGCCUUGAAAACUCUUCUUGAAACAUGUUGUUUGCUUAAUGAUUGGCAUUGUUCUUGAAACCAACUCCAAAUGAACUAUGGUUUAAUGAACUUAAUCUCUCUUGCAUAUGGGCAUUUGCAUACUUGAUCAUGGAUAUUAUACACAUUUGGGUUAUCUUUCUCUCUUUGUACCAAUCUUUGUUAACCCAAAUGGCACUUCCAUACCCAUUAACCCUCACCAUUCUUUGAAACCAACAUUAAUUUGCUUGAGUGAGGCCUUUUAUUGAUAGCAUGUCAUGUGCAAAAUCUUGAGAGUAUUAGGAGCGACAAUGAGUUGUUCUCAUCUUUGGCUAGCAUUAGGACCUUAUUUAGGCUAGCCUCUAGGAUGGUUGUUGGGUUUGUAUGCUUGAUUUUGAUCUUGGGAUUGGGAUGUGAGUGAAAGUGAAAAGAAAUGAACCAAAAAGAGUGAGAAAAGGAAAGAAAGCCAAAGGGAUUUAAAAAAAAAAAAAAAAAGGGCUCUUGUGUUUAUAAAUAGAAUCCCCUUUAGAAUUAAAAAAAAAAAACAUGAAAAGA